CCUCAAAUCGCUCAUUGCGAUGCGUUUUCUCUGCCUCCAGCCGCCGUCUCGGGGCUUCUCAUGGAGGUUUUUGGUGCUCGUUUUAUUUUGUACUUUUUGAAAAUCGUUCCAGCUUGAAGCUUCCAAUUUCCGUGAAGUCAUUGGAGGCAGGAGCCUGGCCUGACAGCGCCCCCACAGCCCCAUCCUGUCAAGGGCUCCGCCGAGGCUGGGAGAGGGGCCCCCCGCACCUCAAGUGGCGCUGAGCUGAGGUUCAUUGUUCGCCGUUCUGCUGCCUCCACGGCCAGAGCAGGAAGUUGUGGGUUCCAGAUGUGACUCACUCUCAUUAGGUAGCCGGUGGAAGGAGCCUUCACAUGUGUGAGCCUGGAUGCUGGCUGAGGCAAGGCAGGCGAGGGCCGGGCCACCUCCGAGCCGCCUCGGACCCUGGCCCAGCCGCCCAGGGGCCCUGGAGGAGAGCCAGAGCUGAGGAGCGCGGGCGUCUGGUCAGCCCAGCCUGGACUCGGAGGAAGGUGCCGGCACCGCGGUGACCGGGCCUGGCCGUGGAGCGGGCCUAGGCCCGGCGGGGAGGGCGUCGGCGGUCAGAUGCUCCCCGAGCCGCGGGGUCUCCUGAGUGGACUGCCGGGCGGCCGUGCCAAGGCUGGAGCAUGCCGGCCAAGGGACGCUACUUCCUCAACGAGGGCGAGGCGGGCCCGGACCACGACGUGCUCUACGAGAAGUAUCGCCUCACCAGCCAGCAUGGGCCGCUGCUGCUCACGCUCCUGCUGGUGGCCGUGGCCGCCUGCACGGCCCUCGUCGUCCUCGCCUUCGGCUCCGGGGAUCCCUCCAGACACAAGGCUGUGUUGGGGACGGCGUUCUUGACGCUCAUCGUGUUCGUGGCUCUCUACGUGCUGGUGUACAUCGAGUGCCUUGUCCGGCGGUGGCUCUGGGCCUCGGCACUGCUCACCUGGGCCUGCCUUGUGACGCUGGGCUAUGUGCUGGUGUUCGACUCAUGGACGAACGCGGCCUGCGGGUGGGAGCAGGUGCCCUUCUUCCUGUUCGUCGUCUUCGUGGUGUACACGCUCCUGCCCUUCAGCAUGCAGGGGGCCGUGGCGGCCGGCAUCGUCUCCAGCACCUCCCACCUGCUGGUGCUGGGCACCCUGAUGGGCGUCUUCUCGAAGCCCAGCACCCGGGUGGGGCUGCAGCUGCUGGCCAACGCUGUCAUCUUCCUGUGCGGGAACCUCACGGGCGCCUUCCACAAGCACCAGAUGCAGGACGCCUCCCACGACCUCUUCACCUACACCGUGAAGUGCAUCCAGAUCCGCCGCAAGCUGCGCAUCGAGAAGCGCCAGAAUGUGGCUUCCUUGCUGUCGGUGCUGCCGGCCCACAUCUCCAUGGGCAUGAAGCUGACCAUCAUCGAGCGGCUCAAGGAGCGUGGGGACCGCCACUCCGUGCCCGACAACAACUUCCACAGCCUCUACGUCAAGCGGCACCAGAACGUCAGCAUCCUCUACGCGGACAUCGUGGGCUUCACGCGGCUGGCCAGCGACUGUUCCCCCAAAGAGCUGGUGGUGAUGCUGAAUGAGCUCUUCGGCAAGUUCGACCAGAUCGCGAAGGCCAACGAGUGCAUGCGGAUCAAGAUCUUGGGCGACUGCUACUACUGUGUGUCGGGCUUGCCCGUGUCCCUGCCCACCCACGCCCGGAACUGUGUGAAGAUGGGGCUGGACAUCUGCGAGGCCAUUAAGCAGGUGCGGGAGGCCACGGGCGUGGACAUCAGCAUGCGCGUGGGCAUCCACUCCGGGAACGUGCUGUGCGGCGUCAUUGGCCUCCGCAAGUGGCAGUAUGACGUGUGGUCCCACGACGUGUCCCUCGCCAAUAGGAUGGAGGCGGCCGGAGUCCCUGGCCGAGUGCACAUCACGGAGGCGACGCUGAACCACCUGGACAAGGCGUACGAGGUGGAGGAUGGACACGGCCAGCAGCGCGACUCCUACCUGAAGGAGAUGAACAUCCGCACGUACCUGGUCAUCGACCCCCGGAGCCAGCAGCCACCGCCACCGAGCCAGCACCUCCCCAGGCCCAAGGGAGAGGCGGCGCUGAAGAUGCGGGCGUCCGUGCGCAUGACCCGCUACCUGGAGUCCUGGGGCGCCGCGCGGCCCUUUGCCCACCUCAGCCACGUGGGCCGCGUCCCUGCCCCGCGUCCCUGCCCCGCGUCCCUGCCCCGCGUCCCUCCCUCCUGGGACGUGCAGGCGUGUGGGGAACGCUCCCGGGGCUGCGAUGUCCCCGUCCGCCUCGUUCAGUCUGGGUCUGGGGAGCCUGCAGCUGGGACAGUGUCCAGCACCCUCUCGUUCUGGACAACGAUGGCCUUUUCUCCUCCCUUCCAGGUCAUCCCCCUGCGACGCCACCGGACCCCUGACAGAAGCGCAUCCCCGAAGGGGCGGUCCGAGGAUGACUCGUACGAUGACGAGAUGCUGUCGGCCAUUGAGGGCCUCAGCUCUACCAGGCCCUGCUGCUCCAAGUCUGAUGACUUUUAUACCUUUGGGUCCAUCUUCCUGGAGAAAGACUUUGAGCGAGAGUACCGCCUGGCGCCCAUCCCCCGGGCCCGCCACUACUUCGCCUGUGCCAGCCUCAUCUUCCUCUGCAUCCUGCUCGUCCACGUCCUGCUGAUGCCCAGGACUGCGGCUCUGGGCAUGUCCUUUGGGCUGGUGGCCUGUGUGCUGGGGCUGGUGCUGGGACUGUGCUUUGCCGACGAGUUCCUGUAUUACACCUGCAGCUGCAUCCUGGCCUUUGUCGCCUGUUCUGUCUUCCUGCGGAUGAGCCUGGAGCUGAAAGUCGUGCUGUUGACAGUGGCCUUGGUGGCCUACCUGGUGCUCUUCAAUGUCGACCGCUGCGCACCCCCGUCUCUGCAGUAUUACACCUGCAGCUGCAUCCUGGCCUUUGUCGCCUGUUCUGUCUUCCUGCGGAUGAGCCUGGAGCUGAAAGUCGUGCUGUUGACAGUGGCCUUGGUGGCCUACCUGGUGCUCUUCAAUGUCUCCCUGUGCUCACGGUGGGACUGCUGUGACAGCCUGGGCAACCUCACCAAGACCAACGACACCCUCAGCCCCUCGGUCUGUUCAUGGAGGGAUCUGAAGACCACGAUCUGCUUCUACCUGGUUCUGUUUUACACCACGCUCAUCCUGCUCUCCAGACAGAUCGAUUAUUACUGCCGCCUGGACUGUCUGUGGAAGAACAAGUUCAAGAAGGAGCAAGAGGAGUUCGAAACCAUGGAGAACGUGAACCGCCUCCUUCUGGAGAACGUCCUGCCAGCCCACGUGGCCGCCCACUUCAUUGGCGACAAGUUAAAUGAGGACUGGUACCAUCAGUCCUACGACUGUGUCUCUGUCAUGUUCGCGUCCGUGCCGGACUUCAAGGUCUUCUACACGGAGUGCGACGUCAACAAGGAGGGGCUGGAGUGCCUGCGCCUGCUCAACGAGAUCAUUGCUGACUUUGACGAGCUGCUGUUGAAGCCCAAGUUCAGCAGCGUAGAGAAGAUCAAGACCAUCGGCAGCACCUACAUGGCAGCUGCGGGGCUCAGCGUCCCCUCAGGGCACGAGAACCAGGACUGGGAGCGGCGGCACGCGCACGUGGGCAUCGCGGUGGAGUUCAGCACCGCCCUGAUGAGCAAGCUGGACGGCAUCAACAGGCACUCGUUCAACUCCUUCCGCCUCCGCGUCGGCAUAAACCACGGGCCCGUGAUCGCGGGAGUGAUCGGGGCGCGGAAACCUCAGUACGACAUCUGGGGAAACACGGUCAACGUCGCCAGCCGAAUGGAGAGCACUGGAGAGCUCGGGAAAAUCCAGGUGACGGAAGAGACGUGCGCCAUCCUCCAGGGACUGGGUUAUUCUUGCGAGUGCCGUGGGCUGAUCAACGUCAAGGGCAAAGGUGAACUGAGGACCUACUUUGUCUGCACAGACACUGGCAAGUUUCAGGGGCUGGGGCUGAACUGAGGCUGCUGGUGUGGCAGAACGCGCCGGAAGCCGGCGGGAAGACGGCCCCGCGCCAGCCACGGAGGCAGCCCAGGCUUUGGCCACCGCCACCUCCUGACAGUGGCUUCCUCAGGUGUGAGGAUUUCUCGGAUGCGUGCACUGGACCUGGGGUCGAGGUGACCGGAGUCUGCCCACGCCCGGGCCCCCGGAACCCCAUGCCCAAGCCUCCGCACGGCAGGGAAGGGCGCACUCGGCGUUUCGGGCCCCUGGCCGCCUGGGUGCUGUGGUCUUGGAGUGUGACCUAACACCCCUCAGGGCCCGUGAGCUGCACACGAGACCUGUCUUUUCAAGGUACAGGACUGAGAGACAAGUUGUCGACCCCAGUGGACCAGGCAGAGUUGGGUUCCAAAUCUCGAAAAGGUUUCUAACAGUAGGGAGAACCAUCCGGAGAGGACACUUGUUACUUCUUGCCAUCUCUGGCAUGCGUUUGUUUUAAAUGGACACGCUAUUAAUGGAGGUUUUGUCUUUUUUAAUGAUUUAAGACACUAGACGAAUCUCUUCCCUCUAGUGUCCUUGCCUUUUUAACCACUGGCACGCAAGCGGGGCCACUGUCCGGUGCCGGCUUGCUGUGGGGAUGGAGCUCUGUGGGAUGUGGCUCUGAAUCGGACGCCUUGGUGCCUGCAUUUUGAGGUUGGGCUCCCUAAGUGAAAAGCCUAGGAAUGAAGGUGCAGCCACCACCAGCGCCCCCCGGCUCCUUGUGCAUUCUCGAGGUCGCCCCUGCAGACUUCGACCCCGCGUCGUUUCCAUACCGGAAGAGAAGGAAUGGAGUGUGGACGGGACUUAGGUGGCCUCUGGUACUCCUUUUCUCCAGUCCUCAUAGCUGACUCUGCAGAGCGUCCGAAACAGAAGGGUGUGCUCAGCUAAGCACGUGUGCAGGCUCCCUGCCCGGGAAGCCGGCCCUCUCACAGACGCUGAGAUGUCACUGGGCUGCACAGAACGCAUCAAGGCAAGUGCAACGCCGGGUCUGUCUCCCAGCUUCGACUCCGAAAAAAUCCAGAGACGCGAGCCUGGGUUCCGAGGAGGGACGGGACCAAACUGUCCACUCCGUGCUCCGCCCCGCCCCGCGGCAUCCUCACCAGAGCCUUCCCCAGGCUUCUAACAGGCGAGUGUCGCUAAGUAGCAGGGAUCCUUGAGCCCCCUGAAAUGAGGGGGGCUUCAGCCAGGGUGACCGGCAUCCAGGUCUGCCUGGGACCAAGGGGCUGGGGCGAGGGGCCGUCGUGGCUGCUGGUGCGGUGUGCGCCGCCGGGGUGGGGUGCGGCCUGACAGCAACCCUGCUGUUCACCCGUGCCGUCUCUUGUUGUGGGGCUUAUUCUAUCCUAAGGGGCUGGGAGGGCUAGUGGCGCCUCUGAUGGGUUGUGUGUAACUGGAACAGUAUGAAUGAAUUCUAAGAACUUGCUGUACGAACACAUUUUAUGGCAGAAACACCGGUAAGGGAAACAGGCCUCACUUAACUGCCGUUUGCACACUCUGGCUCUUCACGUGAAGGGCUGGCUUCGGGGGAGCGUGGUCCUGGAGUCCACGCACACCGGCGGGGCCGCCCAGGGAAGCCGGGCCCGUCGCUCACGCGGCGCAGGCACGUGGCGGGUGCCUCUGUGCCGGGCGGAUUCCCACUCUUGCAGGAUUCAAGUCAUUUUUUUUUCUCCUAGCAAUGAAAAUCCCAGUCGGGAGUUUAAGGAUUAACUGGUUACCACUCAUGUAGUUUUAUUUCCUGUCGAAGCACUGUGCUCAGAUAACCGUGCGGUUUUUAGUGUUCGAUGUUCAGACUGUAGUUUGUAAACUGACCCGAAAAACCACUUGCAGUUAUUUUUUUAUAACUGUCUUCUAGUAACCAAGUCAUUUCUUCACAGGGGCCACUCUGUUUUAUGACAGGACACAUGUUUUUUCUAACACCAACCUUCUCUAUGGUCCAGAAUUCACUUACAAGGUUCUACGCAGCCGGUCUCACUGACUCGAGUGCAAUCAUGGCUGUGGUGGUCUGGUUCACCUGCUAAGACGCUUCCUGACGGGAGGCCGAGACCAGGGCGCAGGGGUGCUCACCAUGGGUGGGCGCACAGCAGCGGGCUUGGAGGAGGGGCCUGCAAACGACCAGGGCUCACCCUGUGUGCCGAGUCUUUGUCGCUCUCUAGCGUCGGUUUCAAACGUUAUAUGUCACUUUUAUAAAGUACCAGUGUCUCUACUUUGUUUAGCUUUUCAUAUAUUAAAUUAACAGUUUGGAAAACCUG